AUGAUGGGAUUUGAAUGGGGGUUUAAACCCAGCAGUAAAGUUUCUCAAAGUACAGUUGGUUCACAAAGUACAGGCAACAUAGUAGUGUCAAAUUCGGGAGUGAAACAGAAAAGGCGGUACAACAGCGAGGAGCACCAAGAACAAGAAUCGUCUCGUACCAAGAGUAUGAUGAAAUAUAGUGGUGUUUCUAAGAGGAGGCCCCACCCAAGCUCGAUGAUCAGAGGCCAACCUUUGCCCUUGCAACGAGGCAUGGAAUUAAUGAGCAAGGACCAACUACAGCAGUUGCUGGUGGACUUGAUGACAAAGCAUCCGGAAAUACAACAAAGCGUACAUACAAGGGUCAUUGGGUUGGAUUUCAGUAUACAGAAGUGUCUUGACAUGUUGAAACAGAAAUCUGAAGCUGUUUAUCAAAGCAUACCUUAUAAUAGGUCUUAUGAAAGUAGUAAAUUGGAUGACUAUGCAUUCGUGAGGAUGAAACCUCAAAUCUUAGAAUUUCUGAACUGUUUGGUGGAUUUGAUACUGGAUAAUAUUCCACCACGGCUGGAGAAUUUACACGCGUCACUAAAAUUCUUAGACAUUUGCACGGAAUUAGUCAUCAAGUUACCUAGAUUUGAAUUAGCCAGUAACAACUACUACUAUGAUAAAUGCAUUGAACAGUUAUCUCACGUAUGGUGUACACUUAUCGAACAUAUUGCGCGGGACAGAAUAAUUUUAUUGGCAGAUAACAGUUCCGUGUGGAAGACUCAUAUGACAAGACUACAAAUAUACAAUGAACAAUCAAAUGGAUUAUUAGAACGUCCUCUCCAGCUGUUUAAAUCCUUAGAUAUGGGUACCUCUUCAGCAGCAGUAGCAUCAACACUAUCAUUUCAAGAAACUAUCAUUUGCCACCACGAUACCAUGACAGCAAACGAAAACAAUAACAAUAGUGGUACCGCUAAUGAUUCGCCCUUCAACUAA